AUGCAACGACUUUGGCAGACAGGUACCGAGUGGGAUGACCCUGUGUCAAAAGAACUUCUUGAACAUUGGAUUGCUCAUCAAACAUCAUACAACCAUCUACAGCAAUUUGAAAUUAUACGUCAUGUUGACUACAUAUUGGACAACCAACAAGGUUGUAUUCUACAUAGUUUUUCAGAUAGCUCAGAACGGGCCUAUGUGAUAGCUAUCUACAUCAUCUCAAAUAACACUGGACAUUUAUUGGUAUCGAAAACUCGUGUCCCCCCACUGAAAAAAGUCACAAUACCUAGGCUGGAAUUGUGUGGUGCUACACUCCUAGCACAGUUGAUGCAUUCACUAAUGGACUUUCUGUUUUGA